AUGCGCCCAGCGCUUCAUAGACCCGGCGCGAUUCCGCUCCUCGCCUUGGUUGUGUUCUCGCUGCUCUCGCUGGUGCCGUCGCUGCCGAGCAUCUACAACUUGAAAUUGGCCGAUUUGGGCUACUACUAUGGUAGCGCAGCUCGUCAAGCGCCCCUAAUCAAGGAUGGCCUUGCCGAUAUACCAUCCGAACUUUCCGUGCAGAACGCCGACCGUCGGAAAGGCCUAAUUAGAGCGUUCUCUCAUAGAUCACGCGCCAAUCGCCUGUCGCACACGUCUCGAAUCGAGACCGACGGCUCUCUCCCCACCUCCACCGACGUCACGCCGGUUGACAAUAAUAGCCAACUGUCCUAUCUCUAUGGAGAUUCAUCCAUGUUCAUCCGUCCCGUACGAACAAUCCGAUUAUACAUCUCUCAGCAGCUGGAUGCCUCCAAUCGCGCCGCAUCAGCAUCCGAAACGCAAAACUCAUGUCCCGCCAUCUCCGUCACGAAUUCAUCUACUUCCUCGCCGUCUCACGAUCCGUUUCAAGACUUCCAUUACGCGUAUAGAAACCAAUCCUCCCCGUGGCAUCGAGUUUUCGGCGAUGAGCUAGCGCUGAAGCUCCCUGCCCAUCUCAGUCAAUUCUGGCAGCAGGCCUGCCAUGUUGUAACUGACCUAUGGCCGUCCUGGACUGGCUCCCGGCCCUCAUUCUCGGUACAACAAAACAAAGAACAUCAAAUCCCCGCAUCGGGUUUUGAAUCGCGGCCCACAAAAGACCCUGAGGACCACUCACAACCACUGGAGUCACCCACCAUCGUGACCGACGACUCCGAGGAUAUUGCUGCUGGCCGGCACUCGGAGAAUAUGCGCGGCAGUUGCAUGGCCGUCGUGAUUGGAUUGGUGGCAGGGAUCAUCUUAUUCUAA